UUGCAUGUUUGCAGACCAGUGAAGGGUAUUCAAGGUUUAACAAGAGAAAUCAUUCUUGCUCUGGUGGCAAACCUGGCGAGCAGAGAGUUGAGACGAUCAGAGGGUGAGGCAAGAGGUUUGCCCCCUGAAAACCCCAGGGCAAGUACCACUGACGAUGUUGAAGGAAUGAUUGCCCUUUUCCAUGAGUUGCUUGGACCAAUUUUUGAUCACAAGGCAUUUAAGCUAGAAUUCCCAAAAAUAAUGAAUGAAUUCAACAAACGGAUUGAUCCUGAUCUCCCCUUUUACUACUGGAGUGGCAUCCAUGAGCGUUUUCAUUUGAAAGCUUUGCUAAGCUUCAAUAAGCCAUCUCAAUCAGGAAUUGAACGCUUAGAUCAAGUAGUGAUUUCACGUAGAGGUGAUCCAGGGGUGUUUGUGGCAAACCGUGCCAAUCUGCCUCAACGGGGUUCGCUUACUGUUAGGGUUCAAUUUCAUGCAGCAAGUGAGACACUUCCACCAAUGAAUUUAUCUGACUUUUAA